AUCACUCACCCGCUGGAGACAUGGCGACGUCCCUGAUCUGCGGCUGUUUGACGGCUAGCCUGAGAACUUCAGGAGCCAGGACCGCUCUUGGUUCUGCUACCAAGGUCCUCGGUGGUUCCACAGGUCUGUUUGGGGGUCAUGCGUCUCAGCACCAGCCCCCCCACCUGCGGCAGCAGCAGAGGAAUCUCUCUGUACACGAGUACAUUAGCAUCGGCCUGCUCAAAGARGAAGGCAUCUCUGUUCCUGUCGGCUUGGUGGCCAGCUCCCCCGAGGAGGCUUACGCUGUGGCCAAGCAGAUCGGCUCAAAGGACCUGGUGGUGAAAGCUCAGGUGCUCGCUGGAGGCAGAGGAAAGGGGACGUUUGAGGGUGGGCUGAAGGGAGGAGUAAGAAUAGUUUACUCCCCAGAGGAGGCCCGAGACAUUUCAUCUCAGAUGAUUGGUAAAAAGCUGUACACCAAACAGACCGGGGAGGCAGGUCGGAUCUGCAACCAGGUGUUCAUCUGCGAGCGUAGGUAUCCACGCAGAGAGUACUACUUCGCCAUCACCAUGGAGCGGUCCUAUCAGGGUCCGGUGCUGAUUGGUAGCUCACAGGGGGGCGUGAACAUUGAAGAUGUGGCGGCAGAAAAUCCAGAUGCCAUCGUGAAAGAGCCCAUCGACAUCAUGGAGGGCAUUAAGAAGGAACAGGCUGUCAAGGUCGCUCAGAAGAUGGGCUUYCCUCCCGCGCUGGUGAACGAGGCAGCGGAGAACAUGAUCAAACUUUACAAUCUGUUCAUCAAGUACGACGCCUCCAUGGUGGAGAUCAAUCCCAUGGUGGAGGACUCGUCUGGCAUCGUGAUGUGCAUGGAUGCAAAGAUCAACUUUGAUGCCAAYGCAGCCUUUCGUCAGAAGAAAGUGUUCGACAUGCGGGAUUGGAGCCAGGAGGACCACCGGGACCAGCAGGCUGCCAAGGCUAACCUGAACUACAUUGGUCUGGAUGGAACCAUCGGCUGCCUGGUGAACGGAGCUGGUCUGGCCAUGGCCACCAUGGACAUCAUCAAGCUCCAUGGUGGCACACCUGCUAACUUCUUGGAUGUAGGAGGUGGAGCCACAGCUCAUCAGGUGACGGAGGCGUUUAAACUCAUCACUUCAGACAAGAAGGUCCAGGCCAUCCUGGUCAACAUCUUYGGCGGGAUCAUGAGAUGUGACGUCAUCGCUCAGGGCAUCAUCAUGGCUGUGAGAGACCUGGAUCUGAAGAUCCCCAUCGUAGUACGGUUACAAGGAACAAGAGUGGACGACGCCAAAGCUCUGAUAGCAGCCAGUCCAUUAAAAAUCUUGGCCUGUGACGACCUGGAUGAAGCUGCAAAAAUGGUUGUAAAGCUGUCUGAAAUUGUGUCUUUGGCUAAAGAAGCUCAAGUGGACAUCACCUUCCAGCUGCCCAUCUAAAAGAAACCAAACCUCAGCGACCCGAGACUCUACUGCCCCGACUGACUCCUGACCUCUCCAGAGGACACUUUUAGUUCCAUCUCCAUGCUGUUUCUGCUUCUGUGGUGUGAUGGCAYGACUCUGAGCAGCUUCGCUUCAUAGAAAACUCUGCUUCCUGUUCCAACGUGCAGCUCCUUAUGAGAGUCAGUCCUWCGGUGUUUUAUUGCACCGAGUUGAUACGCACAAACCCCACCACAUUUAACCCUGCCUCCUUUUUGCUCACUUUACCUUUACCUCCUCAGACCUGUUUAAAAACUCACAAGCAGCUUAUUUAUCCACUCUUUGACAGAGGAAUCAGUUUGUUUUUACAUUGCAGCUGAUAAUUGAGUCAAGAUUGAACCUAGUAGCAGAAAAUAAUUUGAGUUUUAAAGGGAUCCCUGAUUAGUUGUAACAUUGGACUUUAUUUGAUAAAAAUAUAUUUUAA